AAGCAAAAGGAGUCCUGCCACUGUCGAAAGUACCCGACACCCUAUCGGUUGGAGCUGGAGAAGGCGUCCUGUUGUGAUCACCGGCGUGGGGCGGGACGGGAGCCCCCUAGGAGGGGGCAGCCCCGAGAGAACCUGCUGCGGCUGGAGCGGUCAAACUAAGUUACUAAAGAAGGCUAUCUGAAAGUCUGCUAGCAUGUCGAGAAGAAGGUUUGAUUGCCGAAGUAUCUCAGGCUUGCUAACUACGACGCCUCAAACUCCAAUGAAAUUGGAAAACUUUCAUAACUUUUAUACACUUACAUCUAAAGAGCUAGGAAGAGGAAAAUUUGCUGUGGUUAGACAAUGCAUAUCAAAAUCUACUGGCCAGGAAUAUGCUGCAAAGUUUCUGAAAAAGAGACGACGAGGACAGGAUUGUCGAGCAGAGAUUCUCCAUGAGAUUGCUGUACUCGAAUUAACGAAGUCUUGCCCCCGUGUGAUUACUCUUCAUGAAGUCUAUGAAAAUACAAGUGAAAUCAUUUUGAUAUUGGAAUAUGCUGCAGGUGGGGAAAUUUUUAACCUGUGUUUACCUGAACUGGCUGAAAUGGUCUCUGAAAAUGAUGUUGUCAGACUCAUUAAGCAAAUACUUGAAGGAGUUUAUUAUCUACAUCAGAAUAACAUUGUGCACCUUGAUUUAAAGCCACAAAAUAUAUUAUUAAGCAGUAUAUACCCUCUUGGAGACAUAAAAAUUGUGGAUUUUGGAAUGUCAAGAAAAAUUGGAAAUGCAUGUGAACUUCGGGAAAUAAUGGGUACUCCAGAAUACUUAGCUCCAGAAAUCCUGAAUUAUGAUCCUAUUACCACAGCAACAGAUAUGUGGAAUAUUGGUAUAAUAGCAUAUAUGUUGUUAACUCAUACAUCUCCAUUUGUGGGAGAAGAUAAUCAAGAAACAUACCUCAAUAUUUCUCAAGUUAAUGUAGAUUAUUCAGAAGAAACUUUUUCUUCAGUUUCACAGUUGGCCACUGACUUCAUCCAGAGCCUUUUAGUAAAAAACCCAGAGCAAAGGCCAACAGCAGAAAUCUGCCUUUCUCAUUCUUGGCUACAGCAGUGGGACUUUGAAAACUUGUUUCACCCUGAAGAAACUUCCAGUUCCUCUCCAAUUCAGGAUCAUACAGUAAGAUCUUCUGAAGACAAAACUUCUAAACCUGCUUGUAAUGGAACCUGUGGCGAUCGAGAAGACAAAGAGAAUAUUCCCGAGGAUAGCACCAUGGUUUCCAAAAGAUUUCGAUUUGAUGACUCGUUGCCCAAUCCCCAUGAACUUGUGUCAGAUUUGCUCUGUUAGCACUUUUCCCUUUGACUCAUUUAAACUGAAUUUGAAAAUUUAAAUCCACUCCAGUGUGUGAUUAUGGUUUGUAGCUUCAUAUAUGGCGUGUUUAUAUUGUAAAUGCAUUUUUGCAUAGAAGAAUUUAGGGAAGUGCUUUUAUGCAAAAGUUUGAGUUUAAAGCAUAAUUUCAUUUCCUGUCCUGAAAUAGCAACUUUGCAGAAAAGAAAAUAUUUAAAUAAUAAUAAUAAAUAAAAUUUUACAUGUGAGUUUAUAUGUUAAUGAAAUCAAUUUUCAAA